CACUAAUGAUAUUCAAACCAUUGGCGCUAUUAUUUGAUGAUUCAUGAUUGACUCAUUUCAUGAUUCUUUUGACCGACAUUUGAUCGACAGGUUUGACCGCAAGUGGACUCAUAAUUGAGACAAAAUGUCAAAGAAGAAGGGAUUAAGUGGUGAAGAGAAGAGACAUCGAAUGCUUGAACUGUUUCACCAAAAGAAAGACGUGUUUGUGUUGAAAGAGUUGGAGAAAAUGGGACCAAAAGAGAAGGGAAUAGUCAUGCAAUCCGUCAAAGACGUGGUCCAGUCGUUAGUGUCCGACGAUUUGGUAGAGACCGACAAAAUCGGUUCUUCCACUUACUUCUGGUCCUUCCCGUCGAAGGCUAUCAAUACGAAAAUGCAACGAAAGAAAGAUUUGAUGCAAAAGAUGAAAGACUUGUCGCGAAAGUCACUGGAAUUGGAUUCAGAGCUGAAGAAAGUGGAGAUGAGUGCCGACGAGAUGGAG